ACUCACAUGAUAGUCUACUCACCACUCCCACAUGGUCUUUCUUGAUAGGCUGUUUUUACAUAACGCCUACGCCGUGGCAGAAACCCGUUCACUCACUGACUCCCGAGUGUGUCUGACUACGUAAUCCUUGUACUGCUUUAGCGAGUUGUUAACACUAACAUAAUGGCGAUGAAACUGGCAUACUGGGACAUUCGUGGGCUUGCCCAGCCAAUCCGCCUUCUUUUGGAGUACACUGGGAUUAAGUACGAGGAAAAGUUCUACCAGUGUGGUGAAGCCCCAAAUUAUGACAAAAGUUGUUGGUUUGAUGAAAAACCCAAACUUGGAAUGGACUUUCCGAAUCUGCCUUUUCUGGAGGAUGGAGACAGAAAGAUUGUCCAGAGCAAUGCCAUUAUGAGAUACAUUGCACGCAAGCAUAACCUCUGUGGCGAGACAGAAGAUGAGAGAAUUCGAGUGGACAUCUUGGAGAAUCAAUCGAUGGAUUUCCGCAAUGGCUUUGUGAUGAUGUGCUACACUGACUUUGACAAGAUCAAACCAGGGUACAUGGAGAGGCUGCCUGGCACACUGAAGCAGUUCUCAGCCUUUCUGGGAGACUUGAAGUGGUUUGCUGGUGACAAGAUCACAUUUGUGGACUUCAUCAUGUAUGAGCUGUUGGAUCAGCACCGCAUGCUUAAUGCCAAGUGCCUGGAUGACUUCAAGAAACUCACUGAUUUCUUGGACCGUUUUGAGGCUUUGGAGAAGAUUGCUGCCUACAUGAAGUCAAACAGAUUUAUGAAGACUCCUGUCAAUAACAAGAUGGCCAAGUGGGGAAAUAAGAAAGAGUAAAGAACAAGAAAUAAACAAGAAAAAAAA